GGAAGAGGCAAAAGGCGACCCCAUUUUCCCCCAGUUUCACUUUGAAACGUCACAUUGUACGCUACGUGUCCUUUGUGGCCUCCGAAGCUUCUCCUUUCCAUUCUCCCUUCGGUCGGUUGCCAUUUCCCAUCCUUAGAUUCUUCCUCUUCGGAUUUUCCCUUCUCUCUGCACCAAUCCCAUUCCCCAUUCCCAAUGCUCUCUUCCAUGGCCGACCCUUCUCUUUCCUUGUGUUUCUCUUCCUUCUCCAUUUCCCGCUCCCUCCACCUUUCCCCCUCUUUCCUUCUACACCCUUUUCUUUAUUCUCCCAGAUUCUCGGUCUCUCAUCAUCGCCCAUCUCGUCUCCUUCGUUUCUCCCUCAAAUCCUCCUCUGGAAGCUUCAUGGGAGACGAUUCGUUCGGAUUGUUUCCUUGGUCUGAUGGUGAUAGCGAAAUCCAUUGGGUUCCUGAGGAGAGAGUCACAUUGUUCACUCCUGAUGGGCUUGUUCAGAUUGGAGGCUCCAUUGUCCCUCGACGAAUUUCCUCUUCAGAUAAAAAACAAGGGAAAUCAAAGGCUUACCAAAGAUUCCAACGGUUUCAAGAGAGUGAUUACAUGGAUCCAAAACAGAGCAUAUGUCUUGGUGCUCUAUUUGAUAUCGCAGCGACCAAUGGACUUGACAUGGGAAGAAGACUUUGUAUCUAUGGUUUUUGCCGUUCUGUUGAGAUGCUAAGUGAUGUUGUGGAGGACAUUGUUUUGGAGCAAGGUGGAGAGGUUGUAGCAGCAGAGAAGGCAAGUAAAGGGGGUUUGCAGGAGAAGCUAACCAUGACAGUUGCUGUGCCACUUCUAUGGGGGGUUCCUCCUGCUUCUGAAACUCUUCAUUUAGCUGUUCAGAGUGGUGGAGGUAUUGUGGAGAAAGUGUAUUGGCAAUGGGAUUUUUUGUAAAUUAUGAUAUUCUUUCAGCCUUUUAACCAUUUCUCUUGUGCAUUCUGUACAUAAAAUUGAUGUAAAUAUAUGUACAAAACUCAAAAGGGCAAUUGUCACAUGUUAUUAACUAAAUAUUGAAAAUGUAUCAAAUUAUAGUUUAUAGCUCAUCAGCUAAUUUAAUUCAAUA